AUGGCGCGCAAAACGGCCAAAAAAUCAGCCACUAAAAGGUUCAAGGGGAACGAGGCUUUCAUACCGCUGGCGGCGGUUUCCGAAGAUGAGGACAGCGACGCCGCCGAGUUCGAAGCCAUGGCGCUGCCACGGGACUUGCCUUCCGAGGAUUCGGAAGAAGAACUUGAUGGCGAUGAAGAGGAUGAUGAUGAUGAUGAUGAUGAUGAUGAUGAUGACGACGGAGAGGAUGACGACGAGGAUGCAGAUGAUGAGGAUGACGACGGAGAGGAUGAGGAUCUUGACGACGGCAGCGAUGAGGAAGAGGAGGAUGCCGGAACUAAGAAGGGGGCCUCCUGGGGUAAGAAGCUGGGAGCUUACUACGAUGAGGGCUCCGAGGAGUCGUCCGACGACGAGGACAUCAACGAUCGCAUAGCCGAGGCCGAACGGAUAGCCAGGGAUCUGUACGAUGGCGUCGACGACGAAGACGCCGAACUGGAGGACAUGGUCGAGGAGGAAGAUGAGGUUGACACCGAGACCACGGCACUGGACUCUAUCCUCGAAGACCUUUCGGCUUCCCUCCGCAACCAGAGCUCACUGGUGGAACUGCCUCCGGCUUUCCACCAGCUCAGUGACGCGGAUAAGAGGCAGUACGUGGAGGAUGAGCACCCAGAGUUCAUGGCGCUUCUCAAGGAGUUCAAGGAGAAGGCCGAACUGACUAAUGAGCAGGUGCUGAAGAUAGUCAACGACAUGGGAGUGCCGAAGAAGUGCACGAAGGAUGGCAUGGAGUAUUUGGACGUGAGAAACGAACUCAUGCUGAUGUACGUCACGUACCUGAGCUACUACCUGCUGCUCAAGACGCACGGCGUGCCAGUGGAAAACCACCCGGUGAUCAACAGGCUGCUCGAGAUUCGCAUCAUGCUGGACAAGGCACGACCUAUCGAAUCACGGCUGCAGUUUGAAAUCAACAAGCUGCUCGACGACAAUAUGGCGAAGGCUGAAGGGAAGGCCCUCAGACCGCGCCUGGACCUCAUGGAGUUCGACGAGCGUGAGCAGAGUGGCGUGUACAAGCCACCUUCGCAGCUUCCACUCGCCGAAACCGACGCUUACGCCAAACACCAGAAGAAACUGCAGCGUAAGGAGAAGGUGGUUAGCGGCAGGCGGAUGCUGGACGAGGCGCGUGAGAUGCAGGAAGAGGACGAAGAUGAGCCCACCGAUCGCUACAGCAGCGCCAAGGCCGCCAAGAUGGUCAAAGCUCUGCUGGAGCGCGAACGCUACGAAAUGGAACAUAUGCGGCGUCUGCCGAUGAACAAGAUGGCCAAGAAGGAACUUCGCGAGUUCCAGAAACACCAACGCAACAAGCAGGGCGGAAUCAUGUUGGACGAGCUCAGCAGCUUCGCCGCGGAAGCGUUGACUUCUGGGCAGUCGAAGCGCGACGUGCUCGUCGGCAUGAACACCGCCGCUCAGAUCAUGCGCCAGGACAUCCUGGAGACCGAGAAGCUGCGUGCGUCAGAUGCGUACUUCAAACCACACGCUGCCAAACGGUCGAGCAAGCCUAAAGCGGCCUCUGCGCCAAUGACUGAGGCACCUGCACCCCGGAAGUCGGAAUUCGACGACGAAUUCGCAAAGAUGAAGCGGCACCAAACCGAACUCAAGGAGUCGCUGAAGGAAAGCAAAUCAGAGGGCAAGAAGCGCAAGUUCGAACGUGAGGAGGUUGAGGGCAAGCGUGGUGCUGGAGCGGAUAUCCUGCGCAACAAGGGUCUGACGCGUCAGCGCAAGAAGACCGCCGGUAACGCGCGCGUUUCCAACCGCAUGAAGUACCAGAAGAAGAAGACGGUUCACAGCUCGAUGGUCAGCGGGACCAAGUCGGAGACGCCGGGGUACUCCGGCGAGACAACUGGCAUCAACGCCAAGAAGAAGAAGUCCGUCACCUUCUGA